AUGGAGAAGGGUCCGGUUUGUGUAACAGGGUGGAAAUGGAUUUGUUGCCUCAUGGCUUGUUAUGAGGCUUCUGCAACAUGGUUACACUGUUCGAACUACGAAUGCAAGAGAGACCUCAGCUUCCUCACAAGCCUGCCAAGAGCAUCAGAGAAUCUCCAAAUCUUCAAUGCAGAUCUCAACCAACCAGACAGCUUCAAUGAAGCAAUUGAAGGAUGCAUAGGGGUCUUCCAUGUUGCUCACCCCAUGCCUACCAAAGAACUUGAUGAAGAAGCAGUGACCAAAAAAGCUGUCCAAGGAGCCCUAGGCAUAUUGAAAGCCUGCCUAAAUUCCAAGACUCUGAAGAGGGUUGUGUACACUUCUAGUGCAUCAACUGUGGCUUACAGUGGCAGCAGCCAAGACUUGGUGGAUGAGAGCUCAUGGAGUGAUAUUGAAUUUCAUAGGUCUCUAAAAUAUUUGGGACUUCAUAUGUUGCUGCCAAGACCAAAACAGAGCAAGCUAUCCUGGAAUUUGCAGAAAAAAGUGGAUUGGAAGUUGUCACUUUGA